AUGGCACCUACCACCCUCCCAUUACCGGGAAUUGAACAUGGCAAACGUAUUCUCACCGCGGUGAUCGAGCAGCGAGCCAAAAACAGUGCUGAUAGCGCUUGGCUAUCAGUCCCAGUAGACGACACCAACCUUUCCCUGGGUUACCGGGAUAUUACUUACCGGCAACUAAACAAUGCUGCCAAUCAUGCUGCCCACUGGUUAAACCAGAAUCUUCCUACUUCCGAGCUGUUUCAGUGCUUCGCCUACGCCGGUCCCAAAGAUCUACGAUAUUCAAUUCUGGCUGUGGCAGCUGCAAAAGUGCAGAAGGUGAUGGUAGUUCCAUCUCCACUUGUCACAGCAGAAGCUCAGUUGCAGAUCUUGGAAAGAAAAAACUGUACGAUUUAUCUCAGACCUGAGGAAAUGGCUGUGCCUGUGGCCGGGGUCUUGGAAGGCACCUCGCACAUUCAUACUAUUACCGUACCGGCUCUGGACCAGUUCUUAAACGAAACAGAAGCUGGGCAGGUAAAUUAUCCCAAGUCGUGGGCUGAAGGAAAGGAUGACCCUUGGUUGGUCUUUCACACCUCAGGAACAACGGGAAACCCUAAACCCAUCACAUAUACGCACCAGAUGAUGGCUGGGGCUGAUGUAGCUGCCUCUCUCCACGGCAUUGAGGAGACUCAUAUCCAUCAGUACGCACAAAAAAGAUGGUAUACUCCGUUGCCGUCACUUCAUUUUGUCGGCAUGCUCAUGUCGAUUGCCAUGACCUCCUUCGUCCACAUGAUAGCAGUUAUCGGACCCCCUGGACCUCAUCCUCCAGACGUCCUCGCUGAAGUACUACGCUGCGGAGACGUGGAUGGCGCCCUACUUCCCCCGGCACUCAUUGACGGUCUCUGCCUCUCAGAGACUGGUCUUCAAGCUUUACGAGGCCUAAAAUACGUCCACUAUGCCGGUGCCCCGCUGUCUGCCAAGUCCGGAAAGCUUCUUGUUCCAUAUGUGCAAGUGGUGCCCUGUGUCGGCAGCACUGAAGCCGGCGGUUACUUUACAAUUAUCCAUGACAAAUCUGAUGCCUGGGAUUAUAUUUCCUUUCAGAAACACGCGGGAGCAAUCUUUGAAAAGCGAAUUGGCGACCUGCAUGAGCUUGUAUUCGUCCGUGAUCCUGAUUGUGCGAUGCAGCAGAUCUUCUCAUUAUAUCCACACCUUGACCGGUUUGAGACAAAGGAUUUGUGGGUUGAACACCCUACGAACAAGGGUCUAUGGAAGAUCAUCGGUCGGAGCGAUGAUUAUCUCUGUUUCUCUCAUGGAGAUGGGUUGCACGCCUCGCUCCUAGAACCGGAAAUUCUGGCUCAUCCAAAUAUAAAAAAUGCGCUUAUUGGAGGAAAUGGGAAGCUGGGACCUGUACUUGUUGUCGAGCUUGUUGAGAGUACCGGCCGAGAGGCUCUAAUAGAUGGGUUGCGGCCUUAUAUUGAGAAGGUUAACUCGCGGUGUCAUGAAUCUGUUCAGGUUCCACUAAGCAGGGUUGUCAUUGCUUCAAAGGAGAAGCCGUUUAUUGCAACUAUCAAGGGGAGUGUGGCGAGGUUGCAGACUUUGGAGUUGUAUAAGGAUGAAAUUGCUGCAUUUUUCCCGUAG